GGGGAGAUCUCAGGGGAGAGCCAGACCGUCAGUUCUCGGCAGUGUCCGGCGAUAUCUUCGGCCAUAAACAUGGUGACGCGCGCAAGGAGCGACACCUACUGGGGUCUGAGCGUACUAUCCGGCCCCGAAAAUCUCUUUGGCUGCCAUGACGACUCGGAUUUGGACAAUGAUAGUGUCACAUCUCUAGCCCAGGUGGCGCCACUACCGGACUCGCUGGAGUUUGAUUCAGAUGCGUCUGAUUCAGAGCAAUCCAAGACUCCGACGGAGGAACCCCCUCCCCCUCCUGUUACUGUAAACCUGCCAUGGGACCACAGAGGAAGGAGCGACCACUCUCAAAGUCCCUGCAGAGAGGAGAGGACCCCCAUUUCGAUCAGCUUCUGAGCGGGUUGAACUCGGUCGCCGAGCACUGCCUUCCGUCGUUGCUACGCACACUCUUCAGCUGGUAUGAGCGACAGUUCGAGGAGGAUGGAUUCCUGCAGCAGCAGCGGCAGAAGGUUGCCACGGCGAUGGCAGCAGCCAGCGCCAAGACCAAAGGGGAGCCGAGAGUGGAGAAAGAUUACCUGAUGGAGCGCAGAGACCUGGCCGUUGACUUCAUCUUCUGCUUGGUGCUGAUCGAGGUGUUGAAGAUGCUGCCGGUGCAUCCCGGUCACGAUGAGCUCAUCCUACACAUAGAGGACAUGGCCCUCAAGCACUUCAAAUACAAGGAUGCGUCACAGCUUGGUCCGUAUGCCGUCAACCAUCAUGUUGUUGCUGACCUUUACGCAGAGGUCAUCGGCGUGCUAGCACAGUCCAGGUUUCACUCGGUGAAACGUAAGUUCAUUGCCACACUGAAGGAGCUUCGCAGUAAGGAGCAGAAUCCCUACACAACACACAGCAUCAUCAGCCUCCUGAUGGGGAUGAAGUUCUUCCGCAUCAAGAUGGUACCUAUAGAAGAGUUUGAGGCGUCGUUCCAGUUCAUGCAGGAGCUCGCAACCUACUUCGUGGAGGUGAAGGAGCGUGACAUCAAGCAUUCGCUCGCUGGACUGUUUGUGGAGAUACUCGUGCCUGUGGCAGCUACUGUGAAGAAUGAAGUGAACGUUCCCGUGCUAAAGAACUUUGUAGAGAUGCUCUACCCACAGACUAUUGACAUGUCUACCAAGAAAAAACACAUACUGGCGCUGUUUCCACUCGUCACGUGUCUACUGUGCGUGAGUCAGCGACAGUUCUUCUUCCACAACUGGCCUUACUUUCUCGCCAUGUGUCUCUCGCAUCUCAAGAACAAGGACCAGAAGAUGAGUCGAGUGGCACUGGAGUCGCUCUACCGCCUGCUGUGGGUGUACAUGGUGCGGAUACGAUGUGAGAGCAAUGAGGUGACUCGCAGCAGGCUGCACACGAUCGUCAACAGUCUGUUUCCUAAAGGCUCCAAGGUUGUGAUCCCGCGCGAUACACCACUCAACAUAUUUGUCAAGAUCAUCCAGUUUAUUGCCAAGGAAAGACUGGACUUUGCUAUGAAGGACAUUAUAUUCGACCUGCUGUGUGUCGGGCGGUCCAUAAAGUUCCUAACCCCUGAGCGGAUGAGCAUAGGUCUUCGUGCGUUCCUCGUCAUUGCGGACUCACUGCAGCAGAAGGAGGGAGACCCUCCGAUGCCUCGCACACUCGGAGUGCUGCCCUCUGGCAACACCCUCAGAGUUAAGAAGACGUUCCUGAAUAAGAUGUUGACGGACGACAUCGCGCGCACGAUCGGCAUGGCGCAGUACUACCAGCACGUGCGCAAGGCGUUCGACUCGAUCCUGCGCGCGCUCGACCUGCAGGUUGGACGAACGAUGGUGCUCACCAACAGCCAGAACCUUCACAAGGACCCCGAGGAGCUGAUCACGGGUGAGAGGAAGCCAAAGAUAGAUUUAUUUCGCACGUGUGUGGCGGCCAUUCCUAGACUGAUCCCCGAGGGAAUGAGCAAGCCGGAUCUGGUAGACCUGCUAUCCCGUCUCACUGUACACAUGGACGAGGAACUCAGGGGAUUGGCCUUCCAGUCGUUACAGAAUAUGGUGCUAGAUUUUCCCGAAUGGAGAGAAGACGUUAUAUAUGGCUUCAUCCAGUUCAUUCAGAAGGAGGCGUCUGACACGUCGCCACAGCUGCUGGACAAUAGCCUGCGCAUGCUGGUACAGCUAGUCACGCAGUGGCGCACCGCCGCACAGGCGCCCCCUACCCAUGCUCACACGACACACGCACAGUACAAGGACAACCGGGAGACGGAGGCGGUAGAGCUGACGCCGCUGCGCGGACACGAGCACAGCAGUGGCGCCAUCGACGUGCUGUGUUUCACCGAGGGAUUCGCGCUAGUCAUGCUGUGUCACUGCCGCCACAUCACACGCAAGCUGUCCAUGGUUCUACUCAAGGAAGUGAAGAGUCUAUACCAGCUGCUGGACCGAGGAGAGGACACGCGUGUGAUAGAUGCGAUUGAUGCUGCAUGUCCUACUGUGGUAGAGAGACUCACAGCCAACCUGCCGCCAACUGAGAAGGCGUUAGUGUUGGCGCAGUCUCACAUGGACCUGCAGUGGUUAGCCGAACGCAACAAUUCCAUAUGGAUAUGUGCCGAUAGCAACUCUCACACUCUCAACAACUUCAGCAGGUUCGAUGCGUGGUCCACGUUCCUCACACGCAUGCUGGAGAGGAACAACGUCGUAGCUCAAUGUGACUCGGCCGUCCGCCACGCAUGGCCCAUCGUAUACAGCCGACUCAUGUACCUGUUCACCUACGUAGACCCAAAUAGCCCCGUGAAUGACAACAGAGCGUCGCUGCUGCGCACCAGUAAGAAGCAGCCCAACGAGCGAGACCUCUACUUGAACCUGUGGAGAAACUACCUGGUGUUCGCCUGUAGCACCGUACCGGGCGUGCAGGCCUGCAGCAAUCGCUCCGCAUCACCCGAGCUCAGCUCGUCCCCCGAGAGUUCGACAUCGGAGCGUUCGGAGGGCAGGUUCUCGGUGAACCACGGCCCGCCGCCGCCGGCCAGCGGACUCUUCAAGCUGCUGGUGCCUCUGCUGCGCUGCGAGAACGCUGAGAUGAGAGACAUAGUCAUCCGCGGCCUGGGUGUGACCAACGCUGACGGCAUCCACGAUCUGAUGGAGGAGCUGCUGCCAUUGAUUCGCGAGGCGAUUGACAGGAAACAAGAGAACAUGCGACGCCGCAGACGCCGCGACACGCUGCGUGUUGUCCUUGUGCGUCUGCUGGAGUUGAUCGCAGAGAACGAGAGAUUUGCUCACAGCAGUGGCAUCUGCGACAAGGAGACGAAUGCUCUCUUUAGCACGUUCGUCGAUUACAUAGAUGGCGCCAGGAUGUACCUGGACAGCGAAAGCGACAAGGAUGUGCCGGUGAUUCAGGAGAUUAGGCUUCACUUCAGUGGCUUCAUCUGUAAGCUCAUCAAGAGCUUCCCACUGAGUAAGAGAGAGAACCUGUUGACCAGGGACCUGCGAUACAGCCUCUUCCACCUGUUUGCAAACUGGAGCGGAAGAUUUGGCGUCACUUUCGGAGCGGUCGACAAAAGGUCGAACAGCCGUGAUGAUUCCGUUAACGAACUAGAGGUGUCAGCACUGCAGGCGAUGUCGGCCGUACUCUGCUGCGGGCCGGCAUUCGAUGCUAACGGCCUCUCCGACGAGACCGGCUACAUCUACGCAUGGCUGGACAACCUGCUGGAGGCUCACAAUGAGAAGACAAAGAAGGAGAUAUACCGGCUCGCGCAGGAGACAAUCGUCUUGCUCCUGGAGUUCAACGCCGACACGAUGGCCCUGCUCGACUGGGUCAUCGACCGCUGCUACACGGGAACGAACGAGGUCGCCGACGGAUGCUUCAUGGCACUCGCGCGAGUCUUCAGCACCAGGGAGUAUCCAUGCGACAUGCUGUCGAUGCUGAACGUGACGUUGCUGAACACGGGAUGUCCGCGCGUCCCCGUCCACGAGACGGCGCUGCAGCUGCUGCAGCUCAUCGACAAGCGAUUCUUCGCCGACGACGUCAUCGUCUACGAGGAGAAGAAGGACGAGGACAGCGAGAAGGAGGCUGCGGUCGACGCGGGCGACAGCGACGCGCGGCACGGGCGCGAGAGCUCGCUCAACGACGUGUUGCUAGCGGCGACGUACUCGCGCUCGCAGCUGUACCUGUCUGAGCAGCUAGCGAGACUGCACCCAGAUCUCACGAUGCCCAUGUUCUCAGAGGUGACGCAGCGCUUCCAGACGGCAAAGCAGUGGCGACGUCAGCUGCUGCUGCAGUACUUGCUGCCCUGGCUUUACAACCUUGAGCUGGUUGACCCCAACCUGCCCCCGGUGAACCCUCUCUCCUCGUUCCUCACCAAGAUGCAAGAGGUGGGAGACGAGUUCCAGCCAUGGCUGCAGGGAGAGGGCUGGGGGUCUGCGCAGGCAACCGAAAUGGUCCUCAACAACCUGUUCUACAUCACCGUCAAGUUUGGUGAUGACCACCAGAGGGAGAUAGAGAUGCUGUGGGCGUGUCUGUGCGCCUGCUGGCCUAACAAUCUACGCAUCAUCAUCCGUUAUCUAUUCAUCGUGUCUGGCAUGGCCCCUACCGAGCUUCUACCCUACGCAAAGCGUGUUGUCAUCUACAUGGCUCGGCUGAAGUCCGACCGUCUGCUUGAUGAGCUGAUGCAGGAACUACAGACCGUGGAGACGUUGAACAGCACCGUGGAACGCACGGAGACCCCGCCGUUCUACCGACUCAUGAGCUUACGCAAGGUUUCGAUGAUGUCAGAGGAAUCCGCGGCAGACCAGGCGUGUGGUAUCACGGACUCGCCUCAGAUGGAGAAGGGAACUCUGCACACGAAACGACACAGUGCCGAGGAUCCGUCCAAGGACGCGCUGGUCGAGGCAUCCGUGGGAAGCGUGAGCAUCUCGGAGAGCAACCAGGCAACGAUAACGAGUCACGACAGCGCCGUUAGCUCCACUAGCGGCAUCAGCACUGGCGGCAGCAGUGCGCCCUCUAGCGGCAAGUCCACCGAGAAGCAGCCGCUACAGUCUGCGGAGAAGCAAGAAGUGACAGAGGUGGACAACUUCACGACGCUGCGUAGGAUGUCUGAGCGGGAGCAGAAGAAGAAGGAGCCGCAGCCGUACCCGCUGCCCAUGCCGGCGUACGGAGGCUACUUCUCACCACUGCGAGAGUUCCUGCCUGAGAACCUCGCCUCAACGCCCAGCUUCCACAGGUGCAGUCUGGCUGUAAAUCUACUCACAGACUUGCUAGUGGACGGUGUGGAGGUUGACUGGUCCAUACAUCUGCCCCUCAUGCUACACAUGGUGUUCCUAGGACUGGAUCACUCGCGGCCACUCGUGCAUGAACAUUGCAAGAAGCUGCUGCUGAACCUGCUCAUAGUGCUGUCAGGUCACAACGACCACCAUGCCGUCGCUAGGAUACUGCUUGCCAACAGACACAUCAACGACACGUUCAUACUGACCACCCACAGUGGCGUCUCCAAGGAAUACAACUUCAUUGAGUCGCCUGAGAAGGUGGAGAGUGGUUUGAGCAGCAACGUUGGCAUGUCUACGUUCAGCGUGAACUCGGUGGCGACGCUGACGCCGGAGUCCGUGCAGCAGCAGCAGCAGCAGCAGCAGCAGCAGCAGCGGUCGGUACUCGAUGUCGAGGAGAUGACGAGCGUAGAGGAGAUCACGCUCUCCCUCGUCGACUUCAUCGCAUCCAGGAAAUCUCGGCCGAUGUGGAGUUACGAGGACAUCACGUCGAAGACGUGGGCGGUGACAAGCUGUGAACAGAUGGAGGCCUUCCUCAAGCACAUCGUUCGCGUGUUCCGCGAAUCGCUGCCGCACGCCGCCCUUGAACAACGCUGGGCGCAGGUUGCCCUGCAGGUGGCGCUGUCGUGCUCGUCGCGCCAUUACGCCGGCCGCUCGUUCCAGCUGUUCCGGGCUCUGCGCGUGCCCCUGACGUCACGCAUGCUGUCUGAGAUCCUCUCGCGGCUGAUAGAGACGGUGGCGGAGCAGGGAGAGGACAUGCAGGGCUACGUGACGGAGAUAAUGCUCACGCUGGAAGCUAGCGUCGCAAACCUCGACGCAGACUUCCGCCCCAUAGACUACAAAGAGCUGUUCAAGUCUACACCGAACCUCAACAACAGGUUCAGUAGGCUGGCUAUCCCACUGAGUCGGUCGUACACCGGUCACCCUCGUAGUGCCAGCUACUCUGUCUCCUACGCCACGGGACAGAAGCUUCUCAGCAGCGCUACCACCAGCCCCACCGCCGACAAGAAAAUCGCUGACAAGCUGAAGAAACCGACUGAGAUCAUGGACAGUCGUAAGUCUACGAACAUGUGUCGCUCGCGCAGUGCCCAGUCGCUCAAGAUGAUGACGUCGGACCAGGGUAACCAGGACGACAAGCUGUCGAUCCUCUCGCAGAUGUUCUGGAUCGCCGUCUCGCUGCUGGAGUCGGACUACGAACACGAGUUCUGCCUCGCGAUACGUCUGCUCACGAAGAUUCUGAAGCACGUACAGUUGGACAGGCCAGACUAUAGAGAGAAGCUGGAUAAGAUUCUACAGCAGCUAAAGUGGAAGGACUACCCAGGAGUGCAAGCUCUGCUACUAAAGGGUUGUACAUCACCGGUAACAUAUGAACCUACGCUGGUGCUGUUAUCUGAGCUGAUCAUCUAUCUGGACUGUCCCAUCGUGGAUCCAUCAUGUGCAGUUGGUUUUCCAAUGAAUGUGAUGGCGUUACUUCCCUACAUGAGCCACCAUUACGAGUCGCCCAACCAGCUCUGUGUGGACAGUGCUGAGGCAAUAGCACAGAUGUGCCUAGAGAAGUCUAAAAAGCUUGAGAACCUGGGAACCGUGAUGACACUGUACAGCCGCCGCACAUUCAGCAAGGAGUACAUGCAGUGGACCAAGUGUGUUGUCAAGUAUCUCCAUGACAACUACGAAAAUCUCAGUCUGAACAUGAUCUCAUUCCUUAUGGAGGUGUUGGAGAAGGGGCCAUCCUAUGUACAGGUUCCCAUUAUGAACAUCAUCUACUGUAUGCUUCAUUAUAUCGACAUCAACUCUCCCUGUAACUACCAGGCUGUCAACGAGGAGCUGAUACGAUGUAUCAGUCGCCACCUAGAUGGCAGUCACUGGAAGGAGGCAUCUAAGAUACUGAAGCUGGUCGUAACAAAGUCCUCAUCACUAGUCGCCAUCCCGCCGAAGACGAAGCUUCCAGCAUCGGACAUCUCCAGUAUUGCCUCCCUCUCCUCCCACACAUCAUUCGCCGAGGCUGAGUCCAUAGUGCCAAAGAAGGAGUUGCCAGGUCGUACGAUGGAUUUCUCGUUUGAUAUCACGACGACGCCGAUAGCCGGCCGUAAGUACCGUCACGGCAGCCAGACGUCCGACGGAAGCAAGGAGACAAACUCCCUGGAGCUAUCCCCAGGAAGAAGCUCAGCUGUCGGGCAGAACGGGACCCAGUCCGGAUGGAAGCGACCUCACCUGUCCCAGCCAAGGACGAGGGAAAGACUAGUCAACCUGCUGACAGUGUAUGGAGAGAGAGUAGGCCUAACCAAGAGCCCAUCUGUGAUAUUCAGUCAGAACAGUGACAUCGCUGAGCGGCAGUCUAGCAUGUGCUCAAGCAGUGAGGAGAUGUCCCCUAACGAGGUGUCGCUGACAGAGAGCAAGAUGGAACAUGGUGGAUCCACGGACAACCAGUUCGGAGUUUUCAAGGACUUUGACUUCCUAGACAUUGAGCUGGAGAGUGCAGAGGACGAUACGAUGGACAACUUCAACUGGGGCGUGCGUCGUCGCUCGCUCAGCAACCUAGAGGGCGCUGUCGACUCGCUGAAGGAGUCGUCGUUGACCGGGAGUGUUCCCUGCCUCGUGACGGCGCGCGGGAUGCGGGAAGAAUCCAGUGAUGAUGAACUACACAGUGUGUCACCGCACAGCGUGUGCAGCGAUCGCGACAUAGAGAUCGUUGAUCUCAGCCCCAUGGGGGCGACACCGGUGCAGUUCCCCGGCUCGCCCACCUCGACGUUCAUCAACAUACAGAGCGACGAGGUGGAGGACACGUGGCGCCUCCACGUGUGCAACCUGAUGGCCGACGCCACGGCAACGACCGCCGUCAACACCUACUUCAUAUUCGUGAAGCUGUUCAAGGAGACGCGGCGGCGUCUGUACAACCUGACACGUGAGUCGUGUCACUAUCUAUCGAUGAACGAGGUGCUUCGUUCGAUCUCCGCUCAGUUCCUCACUGCACUGGAGGUGCUCUGCACGCAGGCCGAAUGCCCGUUCAUCUUCAUAGACGCCGACACGAGAGUGGAGAUGUGUCGAUCGCUCUACAAGCUCCACUUCCAGCUGCUGCUACUGUUCCAGAGUUUCGCAAAGCUGAUAUCAUUGCUGCAGACUGGUUGCAAACUUGCACAGAUCAGUGAUUUCUCGCGCGACGUCUCCUGCCUGCAGCAAGAUCUACGUAAGGCCAUCCACGACCUUGAACAUGGUCACAUCGAGCACACGUCGCCGCUGCCCCCACUCGACCUCAUGACCUUUGACCAGAGCCUCGCCGAGUGUAACUUGGCUGAGCAGCUGUGCAAGGGGAAGCUGAUCGGAGCGGUGAAGCUCUUGCAUACAUACAGAUCGGUCGGACCAUGUGAGAUGUUUGGAAACAGUGUGCAAGAUGACAUGGAUGUUCUCUUAUCCCUCUACUGCAGGCAGAUCGGUGAGCGAAAGUCAGGUGUGGCGGCGACACAGCCUGACCACGCGAUGGAGAAGGUGUGCAGUCGUCUGCUGGAUAUUCACAUACAGCUGUCCUCCUCCAUCAAGGCCCUGGAGCAGCACGCCAAGGUCGACCGAGAGGUCAUCCACAAGGCAACCAUCGCUGUCGUCGAAAACCUCUGAGAUGCUCUGAGACAUUCUAGAUUCACUGUCGUCAUUGUUAGCAGACGCAUCAACAGCUUCAUUGUUAUUAGCAGAUGCUAUGACAACUUCAUUUUCGUUGUUAGCAGACGCAACUACAGUGUCUACAUCAGCUGUAAUCGAAUUUUCUACUAGAUUAAUGGCGUGAAGGAAUAUGUAAUGAAUUCCAAUCAUGACUGCGACUUCGUGUUGGAAGAGAAUUCAUGAAUAAUGUGAUAACGAUUUAAAUGGGUAAGAUUAGUACACUGGCUGACUGCCUCUUAUAUAGCCGGAUUUUUUGCAGUGUGAGAAGGGACAUGGUUAGGCGGUGUUAGUUUUGAUGGUGGGAUUAAGUGAUAAGUGAUCGAUGAGGAGGGAGGGGGGAGAAACAGAGAGGAAAGCUGGCAUUGUUGUAACUCUCGCUCUCUCUCUCUCUCUUUCACAGUUCAGGAUAUAUUAGACAUAAUAUGGCUGACUUUAUGAUCUUGUCCAUACUAUCAGCUAGUCUGGCUAGCUAGCUAGUUUUUUAGGUUUUCACCGGGUUACACAGAGUGUGUAGCUGGUGAUGAGCACAUGCUUUUAUAGUGCAAGGAUGUCAUAAUCAUAUUUUAUUUUGCUGAAUGCAGGAAGCCUAGUCGAUGACACCAGUAGUCCUUGCCGAUUUCGUGAAUUUUAUGAACCUACAAUAAACUGACCUGGAUCGGAGGUCGAGGGGUGCUUUGUAGGGAUGGUGUGGGGCUCGUCACUAGGUACUGCUUCAGACUUGACAGCAAUAAUAAACCUUGUCAUUGGUAAUUAUUUAGUGUAAUGACGUUAGUUGACCCCCGCUUCGCACACGACGAGAUUCGUCUACUGGUCUCGCAGCCUCUGAUACGUCACGGGAAUCACGUGACUUGAGUGUUUACUAUAUGUAUAUCGGUUUAAUAUUGUGCAUAUCAUAUUACGGCGGUUAUUUCUUUGUGUAACACUGGGAAGUAGGGGAAGGCGUAUAUACACGUUGACAGGAAUUUAUUGUGAUUGGCUGCUAUGGCAGACCGUGACGCCACGUUGAUACCACAGGCACGUGCGUGUGCAUCGCGGACGUAUGUAGGACCGGUCGCGAUUGGGGGGGUCCUUGUUUCCUGCUCCCGCUGUAUUGCGAUGAGGAAGGGGGAAUGUAAAUAGUGUACGUUUAAUUUGGUUUCAUGCCUUUACUUCUUGUAUUCGUAUUUAACUUUAUUCUAAUUUAUUUGUGUUGCGUGUAUCCCGUAGACGUUUUCUGCUACCUGCACGUGUAGCCAGUGAGUCUUUGUUUGCUCUAGGCACACCCUGUACAGAGCGCCUGGUUACCGCAGACUAGCGCUAGUACACCUGCUGCUCGCGGGGAUGAAGCCACGCUCGGCUUGUUGUGCAGGUCGUAAAACAGGUUGUACAUACACGACUGUGAAAUACAUUAAAACUUGUUGGCAGAUUGUUGUAAUACUAAAA